AUGUCGAGAUCAUACAACAAUUUUGACAUCGCCGACCAAGCCCAAGUAGCACAAGUGGUGGUAAUCAAUGUUAAUAAACAAACAUAUAUGGAUAAAGACUACUUUUAUAAUAUAUAUAUAAACAAAGACUCCAGAGUUUCAAGGCCUGCUUGCUACCUCCAACAGUCGGAAUCGGUGGCUAUAGUGAUUAUUGAGCCCCUUAUAUGUAUACCAAACAGCAACCACGUUCCCCUUCACAUCCAUUUCGCUCUUCCUUUCUGUUUAAUUAAGUUUCCAGAGUGCGAGACGGAGUGUUUGUUUUGUUUGAACCAUAUAUAUAUAUAUAUCAUGAGUCCUGCUUGCAAUCUUGAUCUUGAUCAUCAUAGCGGCAGCAGGAGGGAGAUCAACUGUCUACGUCCUUCCCUGUUGAGGAUCCACAAGGAUUCGCAUCUCAUACACAAAUCUACCUCCUCCAAUUCAUGGUCCUCCUCCGUUUUAGCUCCAAAACAGCAGCAGCGUCGUCCGGUCAUUACUUACACGCAUUCUCCGAAGAUUAUCCAUACGAAACCUGAAGAUUUUAUGGGCUUGGUCCAGAAACUCACCGGGCGUUCGAGUUCGGGAGAUCAAAAAAUAGCACCGCAAACAGCGGAUUCCAAGUCUGAAACAAACGUUAUUCGUGAGAAUUGUGAUGGUGGUGGUGUUGAUUUGAAUGAACAGAAUUAUUGUCUGGCUGAUAUUCCUCUCUUUACACCAACAUCCGCCGCCCAUUUCUUCUGCUCGCCAAACAAGGCUUACUUCCUUGCAAAAUGACGGAUUCGUUCUUGUUCAUGUAUAGGGUUCUUUUCCUUUUUGUUAAUCUUUUUGAAAUUUUAAGGAAAACGAAAAGAUCAGCUAGCUUUAGAGAACAUUGACAAUUAAGUAAUGUCAAUUAUUGUAUUAAGUAAUGACAAUGGACCUAUCAACUUAGAACAUAAAAGCUAAAACUAAUGGAUCCAAAUAAAUUGAACGUUGUCCAGCACAUA